ACUCGUUCAGCGUUUCUUGGCGACGAUAGACGCGUCUUCGGCUGCGCUUCGGUUCGGUUCGGUUCGGUUCGGCUUCGGUUAGCUUUGAUUCUGGUUCAAUUUCGCUUCGUUGGAGUUGCCCUUUGCCGCUGCGUUUGCGUGUCGCCCAUAGAACUGAUUUGUCAGGACACCCCAGCAGAGGGCGGGCCGAGUGCGCAAAUAAUUGCUGCCCAUGGAGUCCGGAGCAGCAGCAGCUGGAGGGGAUGUGGAUGCCGCCAGCGCCCAGUCUCAGCCACAGCCACAGCCACAGCCACAGCCCAAUCAGGCCACACAAAUUACCUCCAUCGAUGGCUUCUUCAAUCGCAAACGCGGACGUCCGCCCAAGAAUCGUUUUGUGGAGGUCUACAAGAGCGCGCAGCAUUGCCCACAGGCCAUCUUUACCAGCUUCAAGUUGGAGAGAAGCGAGCACGCGGCUGCUCCAACUGCCGCGCCGAGUGGCGCCUCAAUGGCAGAGAGCGCAGCCACAGAUCUCAGCCCCAGUCGUAGCCGCAAGCGGAGUCGCGUCUGGGCCAGCACACAACACGAGGAGACGAGCACACGAAGUCACGCUCAGGUUCAAGCACUCGGCCCCCAGGAAGCUACAGCACAGCCACUUGCACACUCCCUAGAGACAGCAACAUCCAACCCGUACCGGGUCUCGGUUGUUCGCGCGGCAGGCACUUUCUAUCCGGAGAAUGCCUGCGCCGCACACCAGCCCGAAGCGGCGGAGAGGAGCAGCCGGCGGGAGCCCGACUUGGAGCUGGACCAGCCCGAAGAUCUGAGCAUGCGCCACGUGCAGCCGGCAGCGGCUGCGGCUGCGGCUGCAGCUGCGGGUUUGAACUUGAAUCUGCUGCAGUUCAAGCAGCUGAUUGACCUUUACCAACGGCAGGUGCUGCUGCCCAGCUUUUUGGCCGCUGCCAGUCAGCCGUUGCCAGCGCUGGACAUGCGCCUGCUGCUGGAGAAUGCCGCACAACAAAAGCUGAUGCUGAUCAAUGCGGCGGCUGCGAGUGCAGCAGCGGCAGUCAGUGCCACAGCGGAGGCGCCACCAGUAACGGUAACCGUAACGCCGCCUCGUCCAGCCACAAAACGCACGCGGGAUCACGACAUACCCAGCGGCUACCUGAAGUUUCGCUUCAACGAGGAUUGCGGCUUCGAGCGGUGUGGCUAUAGGAACCACCAGUCGCACUUCCACUGCAACCGACGGGACUGCCACUACAGUUUCUGCGACAAGACACGCUUCGUGCAGCACACGGCGCGGCACGACCGCAUGGACACGCUGAUGGGCGAUGAUUUUCAGCAAUUUCGAGCCAAUAUGCGAUGCGGCGUGGCCAGUUGCAGCUAUGCCGCAGGCUACUCCGAAGAGCAGCGCAGAGCAUCCCCGGGGGCCGCAGCCUUGAGGAAAACUUCCCACUUUCACUGCCGCAAGUGCGAGUACGUCUGCACGGACUCCAACAAGGUGGUGGCCCAUCGACGACUGCAUCAGCGGCUGGACUAUGUGCGCUCUGCGGGCUUUCGCAAGUUCACCAGCAAUGAGGCAUGCAACGCGCCGGCUUGCAGCUAUGCGCUGCGGCACACCCACUACCAUUGUAUCAGCUGCAACUGCAGCGUCCUCUCGCGGGCACAACUGGCGGCACACAAGCACAGGCCGGCGGGAGCGGACAGCGGACAGCGGACAGCGGACAGAGACGCAACCCUAGCAACUAGCAGCUAGCCCUUAGACCCUUAGCACUUGUAAAUCAAAUUAGAGGCCCGCGAAUGGAAUGAA